AUGCUUCGUCCGCCGUCAGCCAUACGUUCGAGUGGUCUACGACCACCUGCACCAAGUGGUCUUCGACCACCAAUGGUUUCGUCUCACCUCCAACAUCCAGUUCGACGAGCUGCACCUCAACCAUCGCCAGCUCAAUAUCAACAAUUAAAAACAACUCAUCGUCAAACAAGUCGUCCAACUAUGAGUUCAACACGUGAUCCACCUGUUCCAUCACGACCAUCAAUUUUCCCACGUAAUCAAGCUCAUACACCGAUGCCAUCAGCUGCUCGUCGUACAUUAACUGGUGUUUCACGUCAAUCGAAUGUUCAUAAACAACAUGAACAAUAUGGUGAUGAAAAUACUGUACCAGGAAAUUAUUCAAUUAAACAAGCAUGCGAUCGUCUUGGUUAUGAUUAUCGACAUUUAAUGGAAGAAAAACGACGCAUCGGUUAUACAGGACCAGGACUUAUUGUUCCUGAACGAACUGAAGUUGAUGAAAUUCUUUUAAAAAAUAUCGAUGUUCCAUUUGGUAUUUGGUUAUAUAAAUAUGUUCGACUUUAUCCUGGUGAACCGUUAGCUGAAAAUUUAAAUGAACGACAAUUUGUUCCUGAAAGAUUAGAUCAAAAUGAAGUAUUAAAUGUUAUUCGACCAACAAAUCGUACUCAACGACAAACAACACGUAUUCUUGAUUUAUUUGGUGAUAAAAGUAAUACAAUGGUAUCAUCAACAGAAAAUAUUACAAAUGAAGCAAUAGCAAAAUCUCAAAUGCCACCACCACCGAUACCAGCACCAAUACCACAUUCAAAUGAAUUUCGCUUUGCUCGUUCGACUACAGUCUUAGCAAUAAAUGAUGAAGUUACUCGAUCACCACGUCGUUUACCACAUCAUAAUAAUAACAACAAUAAGCAUCAACAAUUAUCAACAUCAAUGUUAAAACGAUCACAAACACAAAUUCUUAGUGCUAAAUUAGAUAAUGAAUCAUUUGAUCGUGAUGCACAAAUAAGAAUACGUGAAUUGAAAUGUUCAGCUAUAGGACAAGAAUUUAUGGAACAAUUAGAACGUCUUCGUUCAAUUGAUGAUUCCGAUUUAUUUACAAUUAAAAUAUCUAUGUUUGAUGCAGCUAUACAAAGAAUUGAAAAAAUUAUUAGUAUGCUUCAUAUUUGA